AUGCCUCGUCUUCAACAGCUUGAACUCAUCGUUUUAUCUGGUGGAAGUAGUAACUUACUAGAAGGAAAUCAAUGGGAAAUAUUCAUUAAAAAACAUUUGCCAUUUCUUUCCAUAUUCAAUUUAAAAUUUAAAAUAAUAAAUAUUGAUCGAAAUAAUUACAAUGAAAAAACUAUUCUCGCACAAUUUAGUAGUUCAUUUUGGCUUAAUAGAAAUCCAUCAUGGUAUGUGGCAUAUAAUAUUGAUGAUUUUAUUAUUUAUACUAUUCCUUGCUUUGUUCCAUGUACAAUUAAACAUUCUUUAUUAUCAAUUUUACCACAUUCAACAACCCUUCCUGUCGAACAAUAUUUUAUUUAUUAUAAUCAGAUAAAUGAAUUAGAACUUGAUUCAAAUAAUAAAUCAUCUUAUCGAUACACAAAUGUUCAACGAUUGAUAUUAUCAAUAACAACGAUAGAUGAAAAUAUAAUCGAUCUUUCUAAAGUCGAAUAUUUAUGUGUGCAAUCAUUAUCAUGGUCAUUGAAGAAACUCUUUCAAAUCAUUAAAACAUCAAUGACUAAUUUAUAUCACUUAAAACUUGAUUUUAAUUUUUCUGUGAUACAACUUUCUGAUAUUGAUCCACUAGAACAGAUUCGUAUAUUGGAUUUGCCACAGUUUUCAUUUUCAUUGAAUAAUAAUAAUAACAUUGAUUUAUCUUCUCUUUUUCCGUGUGUGGAACGUUUAACAAUUAAAAUUCAUAGUCUAAACCAAAUGUCACAUAUAAUUGAUCAAUUUAUAUAUUUGUCUAGUGGAUCAUUUCAUAUGAUGGACGAUCAUAAUGUUAUAAGUCACAUGUUAACUGAAACUGAUACGAUAUACAAAUGGCUUAUAGAAAACACGAAUCGUUUGGCAACAGACCGUAGCUUUACUUAUCGAUUAGAUUCUCGAUCUGAUAUUUGGGUGCAUCUAUGGAUUACUAGUGAAAGUUCACCACCGAAAAAAGUAUUAAAAAAAACGUUACCAGGUGAACAGUUCAUGGAACUUAAAGAACCUAAUGGGCGAUAUGGUGAUAGUUCACGAUGUUGUUCAUUGCAGUAG